GUGGGUGGAGACGCUUUUGUUUAAUUUCAAACGGCGGCGGGACUGAGCAGUGUAACUGUUGAGCAACUUAUUUGUGGGCUUCAAAUAUGGAGAAUGAGAAGUCCAGGAUCCCUGUUUACAGUUUCCAACAGCCCAAAGUAAUCAGUGUGCCCAAAGAUAUACAGCUUCAUCCAAAAAGGCAAGGUCUGAACAAAAUGAAUGACCUGGAGCCCCUAAAAGAGCUGGAUUUUACUUUUGGUGCAAAUGUUCCUUUAUGUGUUCCCUUCAAAGAAACAAAUCAAAGGGUCAUGAAGACAGCUAAGAACAUAGUGGCGGCACCACCACUUAAGAAAGCGGUGACAGAGACUGUACGAAUCCCUACAACCAGAUAUAGACGGGAGGCAGAACUCAGGAACAAGAACAAGCUGUUGGAGACGGCUAAAUGUGAAUUGAGCUUAAAGUUGGCAGGAAUGCAGAAUGAUAUGAAGGAUAUGAAAGAGCAGUGUGAUAGUCUGGAAAAAGAAAACCAGUUGCUGAAGAAAUUUCAGGAAAGCUGCAUGUUAAUCUUGGAAACCAGGAACUGUGACCCAGUUGCAGGUGAAAAUAUUUGGGAAGAAGAAGAGGAGAGCAAGAAGAGACAGACUGAGAUAAUGGUCUUGUCGGAGAACCUUAAUGCUGAUCUUGAACUGUUCAUCCAAGUGGCUAAAGAACAAAGGGAUAACCUUCAGAAUGCACAAAUUAAAUGGAAGCAAGUAGAGGAGGAGCGGGCCCACUUCUUAGAGCAACAGCAGUCUUUUCAUAGAGAAAAAGAAGAUUUGUUUGCAAUAUUGGAUCAAGAAGAGGCGCUCUUGAAUUCAUCAUAGAAGGAGCUAGGACUCUUAAGCUGCUUUGAUUUCUUAUUGGGCUGAAGUUUUUAAAAUCCAUUAUGGAUCUGUUACAU